AUGGCUCGUACGAAGCAGACAGCUCGCAAGUCUACAGGUGGCAAGGCCCCGCGUAAGCAGCUGGCGACCAAGGCUGCCCGGAAGUCCGCUCCGGCGACCGGCGGUGUGAAGAAGCCUCACAGGUUUCGUCCAGGGACGGUGGCGCUGAGGGAAAUCAGAAAGUACCAGAAGAGCACCGAGCUUCUCAUCCGGAAGCUUCCCUUCCAGAGACUCGUGAGGGAAAUUGCGCAGGACUUCAAGACCGAUUUGAGGUUUCAGAGUAGCGCUGUUUCUGCGCUUCAAGAAGCUGCUGAAGCCUACCUCGUUGGAUUGUUCGAGGACACCAACCUCUGUGCGAUUCACGCCAAGAGGGUUACCAUUAUGCCGAAGGAUAUUCAACUCGCUCGAAGGAUUAGAGGAGAGAGGGCUUAG